UAUAAGAUAAAGAGUUCAAAAAGUUUAGAGGUUGUGCAUUUGCCAGGCAUGUUCUGAUCCUCUCGCAUCUUCCGCAACUGCGUAUAUAAGGACCGCAAUUCGAUUCAAAAACCUUCGAUCACGGCGAUUCAAACUCGUCGAUACAUUCGGUGGUUGCGUCGAUCGUUGCCUGGCUGAAAAUCGCGGGAGCACGGAUCUUUGCAGUUUUUCAAACGAUGCCUCGCCUCGGAUUCAAUGAGAAGGAGAAAUGAGCUUCAGAGGGCUUUGCAACAUAGGGUGUCGAUCUUCUAGGGUUUUUACGCCGCUCGAGGUUUUUCUGUUUGGAAGCGAUAAGACUCUCGUUUGACUUGAUUGUGAAGUUUGCGGGAAAUAAGAGUCUGGUGGUUUGCAAUUCAGAUUAGGUCUGCAGGUAGUUUCGAUUGGGAGAUGGUUUUGAGGCGAAUCGUUUGAUUGCGACCGAAUUACGUAGGUGUCCUUUUUUUUCUUUUUUUUCUUUUUUUUUCUUUUUUUAUAUAUAUAUAUGGUGCCGAUCGCCUGCUUUCAUGGACGCUCGUGUUAGCUCGACACAGUCGCAGGUAGAGGCCUCGACGCCCGGGCUUGCGUGGAAAUGGAUUUUGCAGAAGCUUGCGGACGUUCCGGAGUUUGGAGUGGCGUUUCUCAACGAGCUGAUUACCACUCAUGUGAAAGACACAGAGGAGGCGCAUUGUUGGCCUUUUCUGGAGAGAGUAGCUUUACGGAACCUUGAGGAGCUGGUUGUUUCGAAUCAAAUCGACUCCGAUGUUAUUCCUCUCCUCAAGGCACUCAUUGGGCAAGACAUCAGUUCAGUUACAAAAGGUUCCUCUGUCAAGCAACGGUUCAACAAAGAAUUGGUUCUUCGUGUUCAAACCGAGGUAGUUCUUUCUGUAUUAAGAGAAGAUGUGAACAAGGGGGAGAGAGAUUGGUCAUCUUUCGCAUCGGAACUGGAAAGAGUUUUUACAGAAGAAGCAGACAAUGGUGUCUUAGAUCGUAAAAGAGAGCUUAGUGCACUACUUAAGCCAAAGAACCAAACGGAAGCUGUUGUUGCAGCUUAUUUCAACAAGUAUUGUCUCAAAAAAUUAAAGGAUGACUUGUACACGUUCAUUGAUGAGAAGAAAAAAUCAUUCAAGCCAAUGUUCUUAGACCAGUUGUUGCGUGACUUUCUUAGUUCCAACGGGACUCCAUUUCCUGAGGAGCUCGGUGACGUGAAGAAGUUUAGAAAGGUGGACACACAUGCUAAUCAAGCGCAUGUGGACACCGUCAACCUCGAGAGCUUACCAAUAUUGACGGGCGCACUCACAAAUGCGAAUAUGAACCCUCAAAAUGUGGAACAUGAAGCUGGAAAUGGGCUUGAAUUUGAUAAAACUGGAGAUGAAAAUAUUGUGCAUGGUCGCCGUGGUAGGAAAAGGCUGAGGCGGAAGGUGCUAUCUGCUAAUCAUGAUAUUGGUGACGAUGAACCCGAAGAAAUGCAAGAGCACAAUCCACGGAUUAAAAAACCAAGAAGAAUGAUAUCAACGUCCCCUGUUCAUUCCGAGACUGUUCUCCAUCAGGAUGUUUCUGAAUUGGCGUUAUCAAAAUCUAUUUCUCUGAAAGAUAACUCCCCUGCAAAGCAUAGAGCCGAAUCGUUAGAGCAGCGUUCAUCAUUGAAAAGAGGCAAGGAGGGUAUGAGUGCAUCUGGGAAUUUUGGAUUAAAAUCAAUGAGAUGCUGCACACCACAUGUAAGUGCUAGCAUGGAAAAGUCAGAAGCGUAUGUAGGGGAGCCAGGCCGUACAAAUAAAUGUCUUUCAGUCGCAGAUGUCGAAUCUGAUGCUGAGACACAGGUAAUGAAGGGGUUAAGCACCGAUGGUGAGGAAGGAAACCUCAUUAAAAGAAGUAACGGUGACGAUCACCUCAAGGAAAUGGCUGAGUCUUCAUCUCAUUCAGAGAGUGGAUCAGACCAGGGAGAUUCUCAAAAGAUUGUGGCAACUGGGGUCGUAAAGAAGAAAACCUUAGGUUCACCAAGUCAAAGGAGUAUAUCGGUGGAUAGAAGAAAAAAAGCCCCGGUUUUACCAUCUGAAGAUAAAAUAGCUCAACAGAGGGAUAUUGAAAAGUUCUUGAUAAAGAAUGAAUUCAUACCUUUGGAUGCUCAAGACAUCUACAAGUUCGAAUUUCUCGACGUUGGUGAUGAUGGUCAUGAAGACGUAUGCCACAUGUGUGGCUUGCAUGGGAAACUAGUUUGUUGUGAUAGAUGCCCCAUCUCUAUGCACUUUACGUGUACUGAGGUUCUUGAUCUAAGAUUGCCCAAGGACGAGGAGGAGUGGUAUUGUCCUAUUUGCGUUUUCACUAAGGCAGCUCAAGUGGCAGCAGAGGCCAAUAAGGUAGCAGCUGCAGCCAAGGAGAAGCUGAAAACCUUCAUGAAAGAAAGCAUAAAGAAACAAAGUUCUUCUGAAGGCGAUGCAUUGCAUCAGCUUAGGCAGAAGAAGACACAAAGUGAAAAUAUCGAGCAGGAGAGGACAGGAAAUGAAAAUAUCAGGCAGAAGAAGUCAAAAUCGUUGAGGAAGAACGGAGCUGGAAGUGUCUGGGAGUCGUCUGUAAAAUGUCUGCUUUUUAACGAAGACGCGAAGAAAACUGAGAGGGCACCGAAUACCCCUGAUCAAAAUAUUUCAAGGAGACGGCUGCUUGCGGAGAGCACAAGUGGACAGAAAACGAAGGAGAAGGAAAUUUCCGCACGCCCCUCGAAGAGUAGCGGACCUAAAGAUGACAGUGGCGAGGAGCGUGUGGUACAGGAAGCUGGAGUCCAGGAAUUAGGAAGUGGAGCUGGUGACUCCAGAAAGGUUGGAGGUGAUAAACAUGAUGGAGACCUGGAUGAAGACGGGGGUGAGAAGUUACAAAAUUUGGAUUGGGACAGAUUCCUCAGUGGUCGUCGGAAAUUACCAGGUUUCCGCAGGAGGCCCUUACCUUGGACGAGAGAGGAAGAGGACGCCCUCAUGGUAGGAGGGUGUACGACGAAUUUCAAAUAAUGGAGAGUGGGGUUUCCAUUGGAAACGAAUUCUGCAGUUUGGGAAGGGUAGGUUUGAUCCUAGCCGUACUUAUGGUGACCUGAAGGACAAAUGGCGAAAUCUUAGUAAAGGUGUUUCAUAACUGUAAUCUUCUGUAUCAUACUCAGCCAGUUUCUAUUCCUGUUACAUUUCCAGACAUUCAACAUUUGUAUGUAGAGUAUUGUGAGAACUUAUACUCAGCACAAUGCAAUAUCAGAAUACAUCCUUCUAUAAGGAUGGAUGCUGUAACUGGUUUCUGUUUACUUUAGUUCGAGUACUUGUACUAUAGUUUUUUUCUAACUCGCUGUUGUAAAACAUUUUCAAUUCUUUCUUUAGUUGCGUUCAUUCAGGCUA